AUGAACAGCGUGGAUUUAGGAAGAUGCAAACGCAUCGUACAGUACCUCUGGGACCCUGAACCCAAAAACGAUGAAGAGCCUAGUUCACCUAUAUGGUGCCUGGGCAAGGAAUAUACUCGACAUGUACCAGUGACUACCCCAAAAAGCGACACCACCCUUGGGUGGCCCAAAGCAUUCGUAUGCGAUUUUGAGUCGAGGAUUUGGAUAACAUAUAGAUCCAACUUCGUUCCAAUACCGAGACCCCAGAACCACGAUGCGAACCCAAACAUGACACUGAGUGUGCGGUUGAGAAGCCAACUCAUGGACUCACAAGGCUUCACGUCUGAUACGGGAUGGGGCUGUAUGAUCAGAUCUGGUCAAAGUCUUCUUGCAAAUGGCCUUUCUUCUUUGCUGUUGGGACGCGAUUGGCAGCGAGGGACCAAAACUGACGAGGAAAUGCGACUGCUAUCUUUGUUUGCUGAUUGUCCGAAUGCGCCAUUUUCAAUACAUCGUUUUGUCGAGCUCGGUGCGGAGCGUUGCGGCAAGUAUCCCGGGGAAUGGUUUGGACCCUCGGCUACCGCACUCUGUAUACAGGCGCUCUGCGAGCAAUGCCAGGAACCGAAACUGAGAGUAUAUGUCUCUAAUGAGAACGCGAACGUCUACCAAAACAAGUUUACGGACAUCGCUCGGGAUGAUGCCGGAUGUAUUCGACCCACACUUAUCCUUCUAGGCACCAGACUGGGGAUUGAUCAUAUCACGCCUGUAUACUGGGAUGCACUUAAAGCGGCUUUGCAGUACCCCCAGUCAGUGGGAAUAGCAGGAGGGCGCCCAUCAGCGUCGCACUACUUCGUUGGGGUUCAAGGAUCGUAUCUUUUCUACCUCGAUCCUCACCACACCCGACCUGCCUUGCCUUAUCGCUCGGCCCAUGAACUUUACACUGAAGAAGAGCGUGACACAUAUCAUACUCGGCGUUUGCGGAGGAUACAUAUCAAAGAUAUGGAUCCAAGUAUGUUACUUGGUUUUCUUAUAAGGAAUGAAGAAGACUGGGAUGAUUGGAAGAAACGUGUUGAGGCCGGCCAAGGAAAGCCGAUUAUGCAUAUUCUCAGUUACAUACAGCCGGAUUACGGCCUUGGUCGGGAAGAGGCACUCGAUGAAGUUGAAGCUCUAGAUGAUGCUGACGGUAUGGAGGGUAUGGAGUAA